GUGCAGAUGGCGGACGCCGAGGCUGACGCGGCCCUGCCGCCGGAGAUGCAGCGGCUGGCCGCUGGCCUCCGCUCCCGGCUGUGGCAGUUGCAGGCGGAGCUGCGCGAGCAGGGGGCGGCGGCUGCGGCCUCUUCCAGCGCCUAUUGCCGGGGCUUCUGUCAGACCCUGCUACAAUAUGCUGGCAAUCAGGGUGCUUCGGAGCAAGUUUUGCCUUUUUUGGAAGUGUAUCGAGUCGCCAUUCAGAGCUUUGCCAGUGCCCGACCUUACUUGACUACAGAAUGUGAAGAAGUUCUUCUGGUACUUGGCAGGCUAGUAUUGAGCUGUUUUGAACAACUGCUGUCUGUGCCUGAAAGUGAAGAGCUGUCUGAACCAUUUUUAAGAUUGUGUCAGUCCAUACAGGACUCCUAUAAUGCUUUACUUGAGUUUGGAGAUAAUAGCCUUGAAAUCCUAGCUGAUAUCUCGAAGGAAGGUGUAUGGAAGAAUCCAGUUCUUUUAAAGAUUAUUUCACAGCAGCCAGUAGAAGCAGAAGAAGUGAAUCAACUGAUUAAACGUGAAGGGCUGACAUUUCUGCAAAUGAGAAUAAAACAUUUGAUGAAGACAAACCGUCUUCCUCAAGCCGCUUCCUUGUCCAAAUUGUGUAAAGAGUCUACAGAAAUUCCAGAUGUCUCUCCUUUUCUUCAGGCCUACAUAACAUGCUUGUGCUCCAUGCUUCCAAAUGAAGAGUCCAUCAAAGAGAUUUCAAAAGUGGACUGCAAAGAGGUCCUAGAUAUGAUAUGCAAUUUGGAAGCUGAGGGCCAAGACAGCACUGCUUUUAUUCUUUGUACGACGUAUUUCACUCAGCAGCUUCAAACAGCAAGUGUAUACUGUUCUUGGGAACUAACUCUGUUUUGGAGCAAAUUACAAAGAAGAAUCGACCCAUCUUUAGAUUCCUUUCUGGAGCGAUGUCGGCAAUUUGGUAUCAUCGCUAGAACAUUGCAACACUUGUUCUUCCUCAUAAGAGUCAUACAAGCUGAAGCAGAAGAAGCUGGCCUUGCUGUAUCUGUCUUGCUCUGUGUGAGAGCUCUGCAGCUCAGGUCCAACGGAAACGAUGACAUGAAGAGUUCUGUUUGCAAAACAAUUGCGUGCCUUCUGCCAGAAGACCUUGAGGUCAGAAGGGCAUGCCAGCUCACAGAAUACUUACUGGAGCCAAGUGAAGAGGGGUACAGUCUACUAGAAGAACUAUAUCUGCAGCCAGAUCAGAAAUUUGAUGAAGAAAAUGCACCAGUUCCAAACUCACUCCGUUGUGAGCUUCUGUUAGCUUUGAAGGCUUACUGGCCCUUUGACCCAGAAUUUUGGGACUGGAAAACUUUAAAGCGGCAUUGUCUCAAAUUGCUGGGGAAAGAAGUUUCCGAGUCAGAGGAUGACCUUAGUUGUAAUGAGAUGUCAUUCAACGAAACUGAGCUGCUAGAUAGUCUCCCAAGUGACUGUGAAGAAAGCCGGGAAGAGAAUAAUUUUGAAAGUCAUGAUUUCAAUCAGCCCAAAGAGAGAGUGAGAGUGAAAAAGCCAAUUGGCUCCUCAGAGAGAUACCAGAGAUGGCUCCAGUACAAGUUCUUCUGUGUCAUUUGCAAACGGGAGUGUAUUGAGGCUCGCAUACUUCACCAUUCGAAGAUGCAUAUGGAGGAUGGCAUUUUUACAUGCCCAGUGUGUACCAAAAAGUUUAAGAGGAAGGAUGUCUUUGUGACCCACGUCAUGGAGCACGUGAAAAUGCCACCCAGCCGAAAAUACCGUGCAGAGAAGAAGAUGCUGUUGAAGAAAGAGAGACUGGCCAAGAACAACCUGUCCAGAACGGCUUCGGCAGCCCUUGAAGAAAAUCGCCCCCUGAAAAUAAUCUCCUGUGAAAAGCCCCGAAGUGACACGCAGGACUAUGUAACAUUUAGCAAGCUGGAAAGCUGCCAUCUGCAAGACAGAGACCUGUACCCCUGCCCUGGCACAGAUUGCUCCAGGGUAUUCAAGCAGUUUAAGUACUUAAGUGUCCACCUGAAAGCCGAACACCAUAACAAUGAUGAAAAUGCGAUGCACUACUUGGACAUGAAAAACAGGCGUGAGAAGUGCUCCUACUGCAGGCGGCAUUUCAUGUCUGCCUUUCACUUGCAGGAGCACGAGCAAGUCCAUAGCGGCCCUCGGCCUUACAUGUGUGUCUCUGUGGGUUGCUACGCUCGAUUUGGUUCGGUGAACGAGCUGCUGCAUCACAAGCAGCAGCACGAUGACCUGCGUUACAAGUGUGAGCUGAACGGCUGCAACAUUGUUUUCAGUGACUUGGGGCAGCUCUACCAUCACGAAGCCCAGCAUUUUCGGGACGCUUCCUAUACGUGUAAUUUCCAUGGCUGUAAGAAGUUCUACUAUUCAAAAACUGAGUUGACCAAUCAUCUCUUGGUGCAUAUUUCAAAUGGUGAAAUGAAGGAGGUGCCGGUAAAGCAAGAAGGUAAUGUUUCUCAGGACAGUCUUGCCUGCCUUUCAGAUUUUGCUGUGUUUGAACACAGAGAGUCUUCUAAUCGGCAUGGAGAUCUUAGUUUGCCUUCUGGAUCUACCAAGGGGGAGGGAAUACUGGAAGUGAAACAGGAGCCUCUUUCUGAUGGAGAAGUGGGUGACAAAAAUAAUGGCAGUUUGGAAAGUAAUACUGCAUCCCUGGCCAGUGAAAAACAGGUGACCUCAGUAGCUGACACUGUGGAUCGAGGCCAGGCCGUUUCAGGGGCUGCGCUACCUCACGAGAAAGCCUUCCUCCCUUCCAAUUUAAAAGAGCGCUACUCAAACGUGGCCGUCUGUUUCGGUGGGAAAAUACUUACCUGUGGUUUUGAAGGCUGUGGGUCAACAUACAAAAAUUCAAAGGGCAUGCAAAAACAUCUACGAAGGGCCCACCCGUACCAUUUCAAACCGAGAAGGAAAGCUAAAGGCGUCGGUCAGGUUAGUGAAAGUCAGCACGCGGCCACCAUAGAAGAGAUUAGCUCAGAGCUCCGACAUACAGAUUCUCCGGACAUUGCAGAUUUUAUUGCUGUCUCUAAAAGCAAAAACUAUUUAAAGGAAGAGCUGUGCCCUUCUUCCCCAGAAAGCUCGUACUUUGUACAUUCAAAAAUGUCAAAUGCUGAAGACAACAUGUUGGAACUUCUCUUGGGCUUGAAGCACUUAAGUUUAAAGAAUUCUAGUGGUCAUAAUUCUUCCAGAUUAUUGCAGUCCUAUUCAUCCAAGUGCCCUGACUCUGAAGACGAAUCUACCUCUGACCAUUUUCCUGAAGAACACAGAGGCAAGCUCCCAACCCAAUAUCUUACCCAGUUGGCUGCCAAGCCGUUUUUCUGUGAGCGUCAAGGCUGCACGUGUGAAUUUGUGACCAGAGAGGCGUUGUUGACGCAUUACGUUAGAAAACAUAAUUAUUCAAAAGAGAUGGUGCUUCAGCUGAACAUGUUCCAACAUCGGUAUUCCCCUUUUAAAUGUCAUAUUUGCCAAAGAUCCUUUACAAGAAAAACACAUCUUAGGGUCCAUUAUAGAAACAAGCAUAAGCUUGGCAGUGUGACAGCCACCCAGAAACUGUUUGCAAAUGAAAGCUUUGAGGAUAUGAACGAAUGCUCUGAGGACAUGCUGAACAGCACAGUGGAUUCGAUGGCUGCUUUCUAUGCCAGCACAGACACAGAACUUGACGACAAAGUGAAACUCGGUGCGGAGCAGCAUCGUCAUUCCAAGAAGGAAGACUCCAGUUCUGAAACCGAUCUGGAAUCAGGUGAAGACGCAGAAAGCUGCGUCCCUGGAAAGCAAGCUAAGUUAUCGCCUCUGGACAGCCAUAGAAAAGAAUUAGAAGCAAACGAAGGGAGGGGAAGUAAAAGAACAGUUACCAAAGGAAAUUUAUGUUACAUUUUGCAUAAGUACCACAAGCCAUUCCACUGCAUCCACAAGAACUGCAAUUCCGCAUUUACUAACCAGAAAGGGUUGAUUCGCCACUACAGAACUGUGCACCAGUAUAACAAAGAGCAGCUCUGCCUUGAAAAAGACAAAGCAAGAACCAAGAGGGAACUUGCCAAAUGUAAAAAACUGUUUGUCUGUAAACACAAGGCCUGCAGCAAGCGUUUCCUGUGCUCUAAAUCGCUCGCUAAGCAUUGCAGCGAUUCCCAUGUGCUCGAUCAUGAAGAUGAUUCAAAAGUGCUUUCUGAAACAGUGAGAUUUCCUUGUCAUCACCCGCACUGUCCGGCUGCAUUUUAUUCUUUCCCCAAGUUAAAGCACCACCUGACGGAGGAGCACGAAAAGGAGGAGGACCUGAACAAAGGGAUUGAAAUCCAUUGUGAUCUGAAUGGUUGUAACAGAGUUUUCACAACGUACAGCAGCUAUUCCCAACACGUGUAUUUUCGACACAGUGAUUAUGACGGUGUCUUGAGAGGAGCCAAAGAAAGGGGGAACCAUCUUAAAGAUGAAGAGGAGCAAAGGUGCUUAAAAGAUCGGUGUCUCAGGCAAGAUGGAAGUGAGAAGAAGAGGCAGAACAGUGAAAAAGUUGAAAAGAGCAGCAGCAGAAAUAAAGGGAAGCAAUUAUAUUCCUUCAGAACCAAGGCGGAAGCCCUACAGAUGUGCAGAGACAAUUGCAACCAGACCCAGUAUCCCUGCAUGGUUCAGGGAUGUCCCUCUGUCGUAAAACUGGAAAGCAGCAUUGUGAGACACUAUAAGCGCACCCAUCAGAUGGCUGGUGCUUAUAUUGAGCAGCAGUAUGAUGAGCUUGUUCUGUGUGUCGAAUGUGGCACUGCAGUGAAUGACCUCUGCAUGGAAGCAAGCCCUGGUUCGGACCCAGAGGCUAACUCUGACUUUAAACAGGAUGUUACGGGGCACCCUGCAUGUGAUCACAAAAAGGAGAGGCAUCUUCCUAACUCCAAUUGUGAUGGCAGUGAGAAAGGCAGCAAACACGAUCGGUAUUCUGAAGGGGACGAAUCCCAGGAAGCUGGUGUCCUUGUGUAUUCAGGCACUUUAAAACAUAUCCAUAAUCCCAAAACCAGAUGUUCAGAAGAUUGUAAUCUAGUGGGGUCAUCUCAGCAGUCUAAGGGAGAGGCAGGGGAUAUGCUGGGAAGUCAGGGACAAGAGAAUGCCUCUUACCAUGCGAGAUCAGAUGUGCCGUUACCUAGGGAGAAAGAUGCUAGUGACUGGCAGUCCUCCUCGCAGCAGACAAUAAAAAAGCUUCCCUUCCCUACUCCAAAAGAGAAAGUUCAAAGGCCAUCAACGGCCAAGCCCUUUGAUCUAAAGUCUUUCAAGCCAAUGGGGUUUGAAUCUUCAUUUUUGAAGUUCAUUCAGGAAAGCCAGGAGCGAGAAGAAGACGACGAUGACCUCCUUGAGAAUGAGUGGGAGCCAGCUGAACCUUAUGGAAUGGGUGGUGUGAUAGAGAAGGCUAAAGACUCCAGACGGGAUGUGCUGCAGGGCCGGGGCAUGUAUGAAAAUGUCCCCCCUGCAGCCAUGUCCAAGAAGAACAGUGGCGCCAAAGCUCAUGGGCAGCUGAGAGGAAUGCAGCCCCUCUUAUCCACGGACUCUUCUUCCCUCCCUUCUCUGGAGAACCUGAGGGCCAUUUUGGACAAGGCAUUAACAGACUGUGGGGACCACGCCUUAAAACAACUUCAUUAUUUGCGACCAGUCGUCGUUCUCGAAAGAUCUAAAUUUUCCCCCUCCCUCAUAGACUUUUUUCCAACAAAAAAAACAGAUCACCUUUGUGUGGGAAGUUCAUAAAUUGUUGUGUUUAUUUAAAAAAAGAAAGAAAAAAGAAACAGAGAAGAGACUGCCUCCACUACUGGGGAAAUGCAAAAUUUGGUUCAGUGCACAUGUUGUUGAGGUUAGAUUAGACUGUUCAGUUCCAUGAAUGUAUGACAUCUGUCUACAGUAUUGGCUUAUAUAGCUCCCCUACUAAAUUAAGAGAGAGAACUGAUAUUUUGGUGCUAAUUAACAGAAUAUCGGGGGGGGGGCUUCCUCUCACAGAGUAAAUGUGCAUGAUUGUAUAUGGAACAAGUACUUAGGGUACCAAGGUUGGGUGGGAGAGGGUGGGGAGAUGGUGAUCUUACUUGACUUGAAUGUGCACCUCAGGGUGCUUUGUGUAACAUAUUGUACACUACAGCAUCUUAUAUUUUUUGAGUUAUGAGUUUCAAUAAAAGGAAUUUUUUCACCCA